GCACCAUGGCGGCGCCCCCGCUGGUGCCCGCGCCGCAGCCUGUCACCCACCUCAUCUUUGACAUGGACGGACUUCUUCUGGAUACUGAACGGCUGUAUUCAGUGGUAUUUCAAGAAAUAUGUGAUCGCUAUGACAAGAAAUACAGCUGGGAUGUAAAGUCCCUGGUUCUGGGUAAGAAGGCAUUAGAGGCGGCACAGAUUAUAAUAGACGUCUUGCAGCUCCCGAUGUCCAAAGAGGAGCUGGUAGAAGAAAGCCAAACGAAGUUAAAGGAAGUGUUCCCCACAGCUGCGCUCAUGCCAGGGGCUGAGAAACUCAUCAUCCACCUGCGGAAAUACGGCAUCCCCUUUGCGCUGGCCACCAGCUCGGGGUCCGCGUCGUUCGAGAUGAAGACGAUCCGCUUGUUUUCCCACAUUGUGCUGGGAGAUGACCCCGAAGUGCCGCGUGGCAAGCCAGACCCCGACAUCUUCCUAGCUUGUGCCAAGAGGUUCUCUCCCUGUCCUGCUAUGGAGAAGUGCCUUGUCUUUGAAGAUGCUCCCAACGGGGUGGAGGCGGCCCUGGCAGCUGGGAUGCAGGUGGUCAUGGUUCCUGACAGAAACUUGAGCCGAGACCUGACGACAAAGGCCACCCUGGUGCUGAAUUCCCUGCAGGACUUCCAGCCCGAGCUGUUUGGUUUGCCCCCCUAUGAGUGAGAGGGAGGGCCUCAGUCUUCCGCCCCCAGCCCACUCUCAUGGUCCACACUGCUGGGGGAAAGGGAAAGGAAAUCAGCAACUCUUCAAUCCCAACCUGCGUCAUGAUUUUAGCCUCCUGAGAUGGAGUUUCCAUCCCAUGUUGGUUUGUCCCAGUCUAACGUGUUGAUAAAAUGUGACUUGACGGUUGAGACAAAAAAUACAGUAGAGACAGAAACGAAGCCCAGGACAAAGAUGAAACUUGAAUUAUCAUCCCGGAAAUCAAGCUGAUGGAGUAUGUGAUAAAGUGAAUGUACACGUA